CGUUUGUCUUUGCAUACGCGCCAAAUCCUAAGCCGCAAAGUAGAAUUGUGAAGUUUUGGUUUUCUCUGGUCUCUUCAGAAGAGCGAUGAGGACGACGAUCAGAUAUCUCCACUGGAACACCUUAGUAGACCUGACACUUUAGCAUGGAGACCUUGGUCUCCUCCUUUGUUCUUGUAUUGGGAAACUUGAAGAACCAUCCCGCCUCACAAAUAUCAGCAAAUCGUAACCCUAAUACCCCAAAUCUCGUCCACAGGAACAGGAGUAAGAUUUUGAUUACAAAUCGCAAGUUUCAGGCAAGGGUUCGGGCCACUGGUGACUUUUCUGCUGCCGUAGAUACGGCUCAGGUGGAGCUCAGCUGGCAAAUUGUCGUUGGCACUAUAGCUGGAGUGACUCCUUUUGUGGUGGCAGGAAUUGAGUUCGGCAAACGAAUUGUAGCACAGAGAAGAUGUGAGGUUUGUGGAGGUUCUGGACUUGUUCAAAGAGAGAAAUACUACUUCCGCUGCCCUGGCUGUGGUGGAUUUCUCCCAUGGCAGUCAUGGAGAAGAUUCUUUUCAGGUUAAAUUCCUCCUAAUGUUAUCCAAAAUGGAAGGAAGGGGGAACAUCUCUGCUUAAGGCCAGCAGUCUAAUCUUUAGCUUAUGAAUUCAUAAAGACAGAUACCUCUAGUGGAACUUCACUAUAUGCUAAUUGAGCAUCUAUGAUGCUUUAUGUACUGGUACAGAUGAGAAUCGUGCUGUCUUUUGAAUUUGUCAAGAAUAUGGAAAUGGAUUUUGUAGAAGAAUCAUGCAGUAAACAGAUUUUGGAUGAUCCAGGAAUUCUUCGUGAAGGAGCUUAGCUGACAAAGAAAGCAAUCCUUUUCAAUGUAAUAAUUUUUAAAUUUGCCAAAUUUACUGAGGUAGCCCCUUGGUAGAUGGUAUAAGAAAUCCCUCUUUUCUUAAAUGGAGGAAGGUCAAUCUGUGCUUGGAGAUAUGUGAUACAGAUGAGAAGAACAAUCCUGAUGUUUCCAUGAGCUUUUUCAUCAUUUUGUAAGUUGAGCAUAUUAGCCCCAGCCAAAAGACAGAAGGAGAUGUUUUACACUGCUGCACCCCUGUUAAUUUAUGGUUUCAAGAAAUGCCUAUAGAAAAAUGUGGAAUAGCUUGUCAAGUUGUUCUUGAAGGUACACUUCUUGGAAGUUUUGCCUCUUUUCUACAGAAAGGCAGCUUCCAUUUGAAGGCACCUAAAAAUUCACAUGAAUUCAUGAGAAUAUAUAUUGAUCUGUUCCUGUUAGGACGGUACUACAC